CAGCUCCCGCGGGAGGGGGCGCGGCCGCCCCCGCGGCUCCACCCUCUCUGCGGGGCUGCAGCCAUCUGGGGCCCCUGCCAGUCGCGUCUGCUCCGGGGCCCGUGCCGAGCUCGCGCGGGAGGAGGCGGUCUCACCGGGCGACCCCCUGCCGGCGCCUGUGCGCUAAGAUGCCCCGAAGGGGCAGUGGCUGCCAGCUGAGCAUGGGUGGAAGCGCGUCGCAGCGGACGCAGCGCCCCUCGCCACCUCGGUGACCCCUCAAGAGCCGGGACCAGAGAUCCGGAGGCGGCGGUGGGGACCCGCGCGGGCGGCGAGGUCCGUGUUCCUAACGUCCGGGGAGGGCGCCGGCUGCUGAGCCUCGGCCGGGCUCGUCGCCUCCCGCCUCUCCCCACCAGCCCCCCGCGAUCUGGCAGAAGGAAAUAGCGCGCGGCCCCUUUAAAUUUACCCAGGAGCCCUUAAAGGAGCCCCAGGGGCCCCAGACAGGAAUCCCCACCCCGGUCCAGCUCGCGCCGCCGAGCGAGCAGCCAGCCGUCCGUGCGGCCGGCUGCCUCGUGCAUGCGCCCCGCGCCCCGGGGCCCCGUGCACCGAGCACCCUGCGCGGGCUGCCGUCGGCCCCGCGGCCCCGCGGCCCGCCGCCCCGGGGCCCCGCUCCGCAGCGCAGCGCAUGGAGCCCGGCGGGGACCACCGGAGCCGAAGCGGCGGCGGCUGGGGCGGCCCCGGGCCAACAGUGGCCUCAGCACAGGGCCGACGGCUGCCGCCCGCGGGAUCAGGCGGCGGCGUGGAACCUGAAGAGGACGACGGCGGGCAAGAUCUUCAGCUGGAAGGGGGUGCCUUGGGGUCCUGGGGGAGUGCCCCCCUGCCCUCCUCCAGGGCCAGGGGACCAGCAUCUUCAGGCAGGAAAUACUCAGACCACUGUGAGGCCUGGGCCUCCAGGCCUGGAAAGAGCCGCAUCCCCGGCCGUGACCACCGGCGUUACUACCACGACCACUGGCGGCUGGAGUACCUGAUGGACUUCAACCCUGCCCGGCACGGCAUGGUGUGCAUGGUGUGUGGCAGCUCCCUGGCCACGCUCAAGCUCAGCACCAUCAAGCGGCACAUUCGCCAAAAGCACCCCUACUCCCUGCAUUGGAGUCCCCGGGAGAAGGAAGUCAUCAGCAACAGCUGGGAUGCCCACUUGGGGCUGGGGGCCUGUGGAGAGGCUGAGGGCCUGGGGACCCAGGGGGCUGAGGAGGAGGAGGAGGAAGAAGAGGAAGAGGAGGAGGAGGGGGCUAGCCUCCAAGCUUGCCCACCCAAGGGCCCAGGCAAAGCCCCAGCUGGUGGGGGCGGCAGGCGCCGGCGACGAGGGGGCUCAGUGGCACCCUGGGCUCGGCGUCAGCGCCUCUUGGCCUCCCGGAGGGCCGGGGGCAGCAGGGGGCUGGGCGCUCGGCGCCUGGAACGGAGGCUGAAGGAGUCCCUGCAGAACUGGUUCCGGGCAGAGUGUCUCAUGGACUAUGACCCGCGGGGGAACCGGCUGGUGUGCAUGGCCUGUGGCAGGGCACUGCCCAGCCUGCACCUGGACGACAUCCGUGCCCACGUGCUGGAGGUGCACCCCAGCUCCCUGGGGCUCAGCGGCCCCCAGCGCAGUGCCCUGCUGCAGGCCUGGGGUGGCCAGCCUGAGACAAUGUCUGAGCUCACCCAGUCCCCACCAGAUGAUGACCUCGUCCCCCAGGACCUGACCAGAAAGAGCCAGGACUCAGCCCCCGUUGCUGGAGCCCCCUCCUCUCAGGAUCUCAGCCCCCCAGAUGUAAAGGAAGAGGCUGGCUGGGACCCUGAGAGGCCCGGGCCGGCAGAGGAGGAGGAGCUGGAGGAGGGCGAGAGGGUGGGGGUCCCAGGCCGGUCGCCACGGGGCCGCGACCUCCGCCGCCACUACCAGGAGCGCUGGCGACUGGAGUACCUCAUGGAGCUGGACGGCGGCCGGCGCGGCCUAGUGUGCAUGGUUUGCGGGGGCUCGCUGGCCUCGCUCAAGAUGAGCACCAUCAAGCGGCACAUCCGCCAGCGCCACCCGGGCUCUACGCGCCUCAGCGGGCCUGUCAAAGCCCUCAUCGCCCAGGAGUGGAGCGAGAAGGCCGCUCACCUGCUGGCCCUGGGGCUGCCCUGCCCCGAGUCCCCCAGGGACCCUGCCGCCCCCAGCACAGCCUCAGCCUCCGAGGAGGGGGGAGGGGAAGAGGAGGAACCGGAGGAGGAAGAGGAGGAGGAGUGGUGGGGCGAUGUCCCGCUUUCCCCUGCGGAGCCGUCGGAGCGGCCUGCCGAGGAAGAAGAGGACGACGAGGACAGCCAAGAGCCCGGUGGACUAGCCUUCCCACCCCUACCCCCGCCGCCGCCGCCUCCCCCGCCGCCGCCUCCCCGCCGCCGGGAGCAGCGGCGGAACUACCAGCCGCGCUGGCGGGGCGAGUACCUGAUGGACUACGACGGCAGCCGGCGCGGUCUGGUGUGCAUGGUGUGCGGGGGCGCGCUGGCCACGCUGAAGGUCAGCACCAUCAAGCGGCACAUCCUGCAGGUGCACCCCUUCUCCAUGGACUUCACGCCUGAGGAGCGCCAGACCAUCUUGGAGGCCUACGAGGAGGCGGCGCUGCGUUGCUACGGCCACGAGGGCUUCGGGCCGCCGGCCCCAGCGCCGCGCGAUCGCGGCGCCGACCUCAAGGCGGGCGCCGUGUGUCGGGCGUAGCGGGCGUGGCAGACUGGCGGGCCGGGCGGGGGCGGCCCUCGGACUGGGAGAGCGCUGCCCCUGUUUCCCCCUGGCCGGGCCAGGCGGAGAUUGGGGAUCGGUGGGGUGCCAUGGAGCUCCGGAACCUAGUCAGACCUCGGGCCCUGGCCCUCCCCACGCAGGUCUCCAUGUUUCCCAAGAAGCCACAGCGGCCUCCAGGCGUUUGCACCGAGCGCUUCCAGCCCUGGCCCGCGUCCGGCCACACCCCGGCCAGGCGAUCCUGUGCGGGGCCGGGAUGGGGGCGCCGACAGUCAGUAUUAAGACCCCAAGGAGGGUGGCGGGAAGGGCAGUAAGGCCGGGUCGACCCCUUCCCUGGCCGGGGGCCUAGCUCGGCAGCGUUGCACGCCAGCAGGCACGGCGCCCGAGUCGGGCCGGCUGCCUUUGGCCUUACUGGUGUUCGCGGCCGCUCGGAGGCCUGGACUGGGGACAUAGGCCUGCACGGGAGGCGGGGCCCGGGAGCCCGUCGGGCGGAGAAGGCGCGUCGGACCGCGGGCGGGCGGCGGCCAGGGGGCGGGGCGGAGCUGGGCUUGGGCCCCGCCGACUGCGCCCUCCUCCCGGGCGGGCUACGUGGGGACAGCACGCUGACGGCCCCACCCGCCUCCUGGCGCCUGCCGCGCCCGCAGAACCGAGAUCUUGUAAAGGGAUUAGCACUUUUUUUCCUUUGCUCCUCUCCUGCUCCGGAGGUCUCCGUUCACCUCUCAGCUUGGGCGCUGCUGCUUCAGCGCCCUCGUCGGUCUGAGCCCGGGGCACUGGAGGUCCCGGUAUUUGGCGGUAUAUUCCCGUCCCUUCCCUGUCCCCCGUUGUACGCGGUGGGCGCGCCACCCGUUCUCAGCCUCCAGGGCCUGGGGCCGGGCCUCGGCCUUCCUUUCUCUUCCCCGCGGCAGCGCCAGGCCCUGUGGUGCCGGAAAGGGGCCCCGCGAUCUCCCAGGCAGGUCCGAGAGGGAUGUGUAGAUUGAUUCUCCUGUGGAGAACAGGUGGCCCCCGAGAUCAGGCCUUUUGCUCUUUGUAUUUUAUUUUGAAACUGUAUUUAAUGCUUUUAUAUGAAAGGGGGGGGCGGGGCGGGGAGAGAGCUGUCCCAGUCACCCUUAUGUGCAAAUGUCUUAUUUAUUAUGCGUGUAUCAGAGAUAAGCUGUGAGGUGGUGGAGAAAGGACCUAAAGGAAGGAGCGAGGGCAGGGGGAAGGGAUGAGAGGACCCCAAAACAUCCUAUACUGUGUGAAUCUCCAGGCCUCUCCUUCGAGUCUCCAGGCCACUUCUUUUGGUCUUAAAGCCCGAGAGUGGGGAGGUCAGCGGGUGGGACUUGAGGGCUGGGCCUGGAGGGGGAGGGGCUGCCUGCCAAGAGAGCAAAGAGGAAGCCCUUCCUCGCAUCCCAGCUUCCCACACCCCCAGGCCAGAGCCCAAGGUUCAAGUGCCUCAGGCCCAGUCCCCUUGACUCUUCCUGAUUUGGGAAUUGGAUUUUAUACCACGGAUUUUAUAGCAUUUUUAUAUAAUUCAAGAUCGACAGAGUUGGAAAGGCCUUGGAGAUCAACUAGUAUUUGCCCCCACUCCUUUCACGGAUAGGUAAAAUGAAGCCCAGAAACUGAAAUUAUCACACAGCCAGGUAGGAACAAUACAAGAACUAGAAUAAAAGAACGAAUUCAGUUUCUUUGCACUACACAACACUGCCUCCCAAUCUCUGGUAAGUUAGUAAAAUUUGCCAUUAGACCUGCCAAAGGAUGGCAUAUGCUGGGUGCUGCAGGCCAUGUCAGUGCACCUGUGACCUGGGAUGGCCAGGAACAGCACACUCCCUGGGAUGAGUGCUCUACAGGCAGUUCUUGCCGCCACAGGCUUCAGCUGGAGGGUGUGGACAGCGGCCUUCUCGGAACUCCAGAUGUGGGGUUGGCUGCUGCCUGGCCCAAGACCUCCCUGUGGGGCAAGAGCUCUGACCUUGUGUCCGUUGUCGAUGCCACCAGAAGUCAGGCAAUACUGAGGGUUAUCAGUUGACUGAAAAGUGAAUUCCAGUGUGUGUGAACCGCCAGGGUUUUUGAGACAGUAUUAAAAGCUUGAGAACAGGGAUUAUGGAUGGCACCAGGCUGGGCACUGCCAUUCUUUUAUUUUCCUUCACGCAUGUUGUUUUCAGAUCCAGAAUGAGUAUUCUACCACUUUUGCUACUCUGCCUGUUCAAAAACAGUAGGCAUAUCGGGGCAACCUGUUUGUCAGUCACCCAAGCCCACUGCCGAAGUUCAGGUAAGCCAGGGCAGAGAGCAGGUUAGGAAUGGCUUUCCUCUCCGUAGGCAGGGAGGGGCCUUAGCACAGGAGUGGAUGUCUUCAUGGAGAGGCAGCCCUAAGCACUCCAGUGGUUCUCAAAAUGGCCACCAGACCAGCAGCGUUGUAUUAGGAACUUACUAGAACUGGAAAUUCUUGGGCCCCACCUCACUGAACCAGAAACUGGGGCAGGGCCCAGCGAUCUGUUUUGAUAAGCCCUCCGAUGACUAUUAGGCUCACUGAAGUUCUGAGCAUGUCAUCUGGGAAGUGCCAUUGUAGUGAUUCCUACUUUGUAGCUAGCUGUGGCCUCACCGCUUAGGGGUCAGGGGGUCCUCAUCUCUAGGUGUGCCUCCUUGCCUUGGGUGACUGAACAGGUCAAGUUUCUUCAUGAAUUUUUUGUUAAUGGUAUGCUUGCUAUUAUGGCCAAUAUGUAAAUGUUACUCUGAAUACAUAUUUAUAUACCAUGUUAGUGACAUUAUUCAAACAUUUGUAUGUGUAUUUGUGAAGUUUGCAUCAGUUAUUUUUUUUUUAAGUUUCAGACUAAGUUUUCUAAGAGGUAUGUUGAAUAAAUUUUAAAAAUCCAGCUUAAGGGUCACGGCAGCCUUAGUUUGGAAAAGAACAAAUCACAGGUGACAAACUGUUUCAGUAAAAACCUGAUGUAUUUACAAUAGUUUCCAUUUUUCAUGGUGACUCUCAAUGCAUUGUGGCUGUGUGACUUAGAGGCUGCUUCGUAUGUUGCAGGCGGGGAACCCUCCUAGGUUGGUGUGAGACUGAACUGGGACAACAGACCCCGCUGGCCCCUUCCAUUCCUCAUCUUUCUCCUGAAAUGCACUCCUUAGACGGGCUCUUAUUUUCUUUCAGAAACCAAACACAAACCUUUGCUCUCUGGAAUUCUGCAAUCUUGGGCAUCAUUACUGGUAUCAACUAUUGGUUGCUUUUUAAAGCCUCAAAGGUGGAAUGGGGAUUGGGGCCAGUGGAAGCUUUGUUUGGUUCUUACUUAACCCAAACUGUGUAUAAAGAAUAAAGUUAGCAGAAUGACACCACAGUCAUUGUUUUUCUUUUUUUAUUAAUACCACAUCAAUUUGCAGUUUUACAGGAACCAAGAUUCAAGCUCUGUAGGUGCUACUGUAUUUUUGUUGCACACACAUAUAUGCACACAGUUUCAUUAGUAAUUUGUCAUCUAUAGGUUUUUCUUAAAAAAAAAAAAUCCUGUAUGGCACAAAGAUCUGUCCAAUAUCUAAACACAGCAGUAAUAAAAGCGCUACGUGUGGAGGCCUCCAGUGUGGGGGGAAAAAGGCCCUUUGGAGGGGACGCCCAAAAAGAUGAUCAGUGCACUGACUUCCAGGGAGGGCAAAGGAUGGGGAUGGAGAAUGCAUUUCCUAUACUAGGACAUGAAAUCAGUUUGAAAAUUCAAAAGAAAAGGAGGCUAAGAAGAGAAUGGAGUAACACAAGGGUACCUUUUACGCAUCUAAAUCUCUUAAUUUUCCCCAAAGUGGAAAGAAAAUUUUCCUCCACUACCUUCUACAGAGCUGCAGUGCUUUGGGACCAUCAAAGAUUGUAGCCCUUCAAGUCACCAGUGCGUGUUCCCUCUGGAUUAUCAUGAGGGGUCACAACCCAAAGGAUCUCACAGAUGACUUUCAAGUUUACAGAGUUUUCACGUUGGAAGGGGAGGAAGACAUUUAUCAGUCUCAAAUGAGAAUCCAAGGUUCCCACUCGCCCUCCACGUGCUAUCAAUGUGAGCUGUGUGUUGUAGUUGCGCACGGAGCCUAUCGACACGGUCUGACCCAGCCUGGUCGCCCUUACCUAAAGCUUCUUGGAGAAGAUUCUCACAAGAAGCACCCUGGGCCACGGCAGAGGUGGGUACUAGAACAUUUUAUGUGCCUGAAAAUGAAAGGAACCCUCAAAACAACACACACCCAGAAGCUAGCCUCAAAGUUAAAUCUCUGUAUGAAACACAAAAUGCACUUCCCUACUCUCAUUUGUGGUCUCUUAACCACACACACACACACACACACACACACACACACACUCACUCACUCACUCACUCUCUCUCUCUCUCUCUCUCUCUCUCCCUCCUCCGAAACUAGCUCGGCUGUGGUCCUCAGGGUACAAUAAUGAGCACAGGUUAAAGACGCAGCCUAUGAAGAAGCCGCAGGGAAAAGAUAAAAGAAAAAAAAAAA